AUGACGCCUCCCGGCAGUGAGUCACAGACUCUUAGGGACCUCAUUGAGGACGACCUUGACGAAGCGGUUGAUUACGAAAGUGACACCGUCUUUGUGGGACCCGAUGGGUCCCCUUUAGCCACCCUCACGGGUGAAGAUGACACUCGUCAUGCACCGAAUCCGUUCCCUGAACGUGGUGCAGCAGAUGCGCUAACAGCGUUACGUGACCCGCCUGACGUAUCAUCAACGGUAACGGUUACCAAUCCACUCGACGAGCAGCAACAGCGGUCCAUCGACCAAGAGGAAGGCGCCAAGCGCCGAACGAAGAACAUGACGCGGCUGCAGGACCACCGACAGUACAGGUUCAAGCCACCUACGGUGGAAGAACGUCUAAAGGAAGCAUCUGGGCAUUCCCUUUCUGGUUGGACCAUUGGGCCUGAGGCCAUUUCACCUGAGGAUGUUGCCACACGCACGGCACUUCGACAACGAUAUCUGGAGCCCCAUAUCACUACUCAAAGCCAAUACUUGGCACGCCUUAAUAGGCAAGUGCGCGGUGCGCCAGUUCCUCCGAUGAAGGGUGUUCCCAUCCUUCUGUUCGCGGGGGAAACCGAGGACGAAGAAGACACGGCUUUCAGCCGCUGGGCGCAUUAUGCGCGACGUUUAAGCAGCAUGUGGGCCCUACGGGCAAGCGCCGAUGUGGCAGAUAUCCGACUUGAGCGGAAGAUGCGUUAUGAUUACGCUAAAUUGAAGGCCCGGGGGAAAUUGAAAUCCCAACGAACGCAUUAUGCGCCUGCUGCCCAGCAGCCCAAUGUUUCGGCUACCCCUGUAGCCGCGAGUUCACGACAGCCCGAGGCCGCUAACCCGCCUACCCUCACCCUUACUGGUGAGAAGCGUCAGCGCCAACAGACAGACCCUGCGCACGACGCUCAAAAACGUCCACGGCGUACGGGCAAUCCUGCCGAAGGGGAGUCUCAAAUUCCCAUGAAUUCCAUGAUUCGGGAUAACCCCGCCAUUUCACCAGAUACUGGUUUUGACCAUGGCGGCGACGCUUCUGCAGUAGACGCUCCACAUGGAACUGCAGGUUCCCCUGCGCAUCGAGCAAAGGAGGAGGAGGUCGGUGUAUCGGAACAAGCUCAUGCCGAGCUUGUUCAGGAGGUGCGGACCCUUCGUGAGGAGAGGCAGACGAUGAACUCCCGGCUUGAGUCCCUGGAAGAGAGUCGGACCCGAAUGCAGGGUCAACUUGACUUGUUGGUGCAGAUGCUCCGUCCCGCGACAAUGCCAAUGGGCCCGGCGCGAGCGCCUUAG